AUGAUUGCUAGAGACUGUCUCUUUCAUUUGCGGCAUCCGUUAGAUAAGGACGACAAGAGUCCCUUCCGCCAAUGUGACAUAUGCGUCAGAGUUCGUGCGGUAGAUCCAUUGCACAAGAAGAAUCUUUUGAUCGACAAUGAUGCCGGUGGCGAUGACGCGAUGGCCAUAUUUUUGGCUUUAUUAAAUGAAAAACAUUUUGAUGGACCACACUUGAUUGCAUUAACUACGGCCAAUGGAAACACCUGCGAAAAUAACGUUUAUGUCAACAAUCAGAGGAUUCUGAAAGUCGCAAAUAGACAGGAUGUACCGAUUUACAGAGGAUCAAAUUCAUCUCUUGUUGUAACACCGGACGGUGGAGCGUUCUUUGGCCAAGACGGUUUAGGUGAUACUGGCGAAUAUUUAACUGAUUUAGUCACAGCUAAACUAAAAACUGCUGUACAAGCUCUCAUAGACUUCUCAGUAAUGUAUAAGGAUAAAGGUAAAUUGACUAUAAUCACAUUAGGUACAUUAACUAACGUGGCUUUGGCAAUUAAAAGUGAUCCACAUUUUCUGGACCGACUUGAACAUCUUUAUGUGGCAGCUGGUCAUAUUCACGAUGAAAACAAUACAGAAGCUGAAUUCAAUUUGCAUAUGGAUGUAGAAGCUUAUCACAUAGUCGCACAGAACGCAAAUCCCGACAAAGUCACUUUCUUUCCAUUCUCACAAGUGAUGAAGCAUUUAAAUAUAUCGAGAGAAUGGAGAGAGCAAGUAUUCGGUGCCAUUGAUUCGGACAUCGUAAGGGCUCAAAAUAAAUUUGAGCGGUUCGCGAUCGAACAAAGCGACCGUUGGCACGCCCUCGACCCUGCGGCAGUAGCUGUGGCGUUGAAUCCAGAACUAGCCACAGAAUAUAAGUAUAUAAAGCAAGAAGUUGGACUUUGCGGUUCGAAAAGAGGUAUAAUAUCACAUAGUUUCGUAGAAAAGAAUGAAAGCAUGGGGCGACUUAUAUACUCAGUAGAUGAAGAAAAAUACAAAAAGUUUUUGAUGGAUGUAUUUUCAGCAUAA